AUGCCGAGCCAAUCCAAAGCCAGCGUUGACCUACGCCCCUUCGCUUCCGAAAGCGGUGGAAGCACGGUAUUUGGUGGAAGUGUUUACAUUUCGAAAUUUUCGCGACUGUUGUUUUUGCUUAUCCGCAGCUGAGGCAUGGUCGUAGGCCGGGUGCUGUCGCUCCUAGCUGCGCUGGUGGCAGGGCUUCUGUUGAUCGUUCUGACGAGGACGAUGCUUCUGCCGGCCUUCGAUCCGUCCGCUCCCCUGCCGUCGGACACGGUGAAAGAGCUCACCGACAUCCAGAGAAACUUUUCUGGGCGGCUGGCCCGCGCCCUGACCUUUCCGACGGUCAGCAAGGCACCGCACGACUACGACAGAGAAGCCCUGACGAACUUCGUGCACUUCCUUGAGCAGGAGUUUCCCCGAGUGCAUUCGUCGCCCCUGGUGAGCCGUGAGGUGGUGUCCAACCACAGCCUGCUGCUGAAGAUCCAGGGUUCGGACCGAAGCCUCCAACCCUACAUGUUGUGCGCGCACAUGGACGUGGUUCCCGCGGACCCCGAGAGAUGGAGCCGCCCGCCCUUCGCGGGGGAAAUAGUCGACGGCUACAUCUGGGGCAGGGGGGCUCUCGACGCCAAGGACGUCCUAAUGGGCAUCUUGGAGGCAGUGGAGUGGAUGCUGGAGACACGGACCGAGUUCCGGCGCACGCUGUUCCUCGCAUUCGGCCAUGACGAAGAGGUUGGUGGCAUGGACGGAGCGGCGGCCAUUGCGAAGAUUCUAGAUGCGCGCGGGGUCCGGCUGGAAUACAUCUUGGAUGAAGGCAUGGUGGUGCUGCGGAAUGUAUUCCCCGGAAUGCUUACGCCGGUGGCCAUGAUUGGUGUGACUGAGAAAGGCUCCCUCCUGUGCAAGCUGACAGCCCGUGGGCGGAGCUCCCAUUCUUCUCUUCCCCCGAGGGAAACAGCCAUUGUGAACCUCGCCAAGGCUCUCACCAAGUUCCACGGUCAGUGCCACCCAAGUAUGUUUGGCCACGACACCGUGUCGGAGAUGUUGGAGACAGUGGCACCCAGGGCCCCGUUCCUGCUCAGGAUUGUCUUCGCAAACACCUGGCUCUUUGGACCUGCUAUCUCCUGGGUGAUGAGCCUCAAGCACGAGUUAGAUGCCAUGAUUCGCACGACCACUUGCAUCACCAGAGUGCAGGGAGGAGUCAAGGACAACAUCGUUCCAGGUGAAGCGCACGCCUUCAUCAACCACAGGAUACAUCCCAAGCAGUCGGUGGCUGAGGUGUUGGCACACAACCGUGCCCUGGUGAGCUCCCUGCCCAACGUGAGCCUGGAGGAGGUGAUGUCAACGGAGCCCCACCCAGUGUCCCCCCACAGCCCCACGGACUUCGGCUACCAGACCAUCGCGCGCAGCGCCGGGCAGACGUUCCCAGGCGUGGCGGUAGCUCCCACGAUGCUGAUGGCAAACACGGACACGCGUCACUACCUGCACCUGACGCGGAACAUCUACCGCUUUUCGCCGGCCUACGUGACGCUGGAAGAGGCGCGCUGCGUCCAUGGCGACGACGAGCGCAUCUCUCUCUGGAACUACGAGCGGCUCGUCAACUUCUACCUCCGCGUCAUUGUCAACUCCAACGCGGAUCGGCUGGUUCCUCUUGCCGCUCCGGGACGGAAAGCCGGAGAGCUCUGAGCAUGGAUCUAGGAUAGAUCCACCUGCCAGGUGAUUCGCCAUUGUUGUGGAUGCCCUCUCGCAUCUCGGAGAGGUUGUAAGUCUCGAGUAACUUUGCCGCAAAAGGUCUCGUGACCGCGACCUUUACGACGGAGCCUCCAGACUGUGUCCAUGGCUACGCAAUUGUGAGUGUGACUGUAUGCAUAUUAUUUUUUAUAUUCUUAUCUACGCACGGGCCUAGUUUUUCUAACGAUCAGGGGUGGAAGCAAGCUUCAGCCUUUUGUAGCUUUGGAUAUUCAGCCCAAAAAACGGGACGGGUGAUUUCUCGGGGUACGAGUGUUCAUACGAGACUGUACGGUAUACGUCGAUGUUUUAGUACUUCUGACAAAUCCACCUAUACGUGUCACACCCACACACCGUUGUUGGCCGAGUUGUGGCACUGAUGGCACAAAGCGGUGCGCCCAAACAAGUCCUUCCAAGGCACUGGUACGGGCAAAGGAAGUAAAGUCACUUUUACUGCGAGUUGUUCGUACUUGUCCGAAUACGGCAAAUUGGUGAACAACAAAAAAGUGGCUACUUUUCCUCGUGUUCGAAACGGACGACCAACUCGCGCAGUUCUCCCUCGUGCUGCUGGUGCUUGACAGCUUAUCAAUACGAGAUCAUGAAACAAAAUUGAGCACUGUCUAUUUACUUGGUCCGGAAGGAUCACUCUCGUUACAUGAAAAUAGACACUUGGUGCCCGUUUUCAUCAAAUUAAUAUCAACUGCCUCAAUAACCUUUAAAAAAAGAACUCUUUGGGCUAGUUUUGGCACAGCCGUUACACUUGGGAGCAGGAUGGCGCAGCAAAAGUGGAUUGGUGCACAAUGGCGCAAUUGGCGCAGCGCUUCCACCCCUGAACAAUGACAAACGUCGAGUCGAUAAUUGCGCGCAAGGGCCAACUUCUGCGAAAGAUGUCACCCGACCCUUUUUAUUUGCAGUUUGUCUCAACGACUAUAAUGUUGCGGAAAUUUUAGUUGUUGGUCGACACUGAACGAUUCUUCCUUAAAUUUGUUCGAUGCGCACCGACGCAACGCCAUUUGAGCCAUUGCCGAUGAAGUAGCUUUCAAUGCGAGGUCCUUCAGUUUACAUUUAGACGAGCAGCUGUCGUUGUAGUAACAUAGAAACUUCAGAUGUUUUGUGUGGGAGGUGCUCUAUAUUUUCUUACCUGUCCUAUUUGUUUAAAAAGUCACAACUUUUACACUAUGAAACUAGCACAAUCUUUUAGGUGUUUGACAUCUUGUUGUAAAACACCUAAAAGUUCUUUACAAGCACGCAUAGCAUGCAUGCAAGGGCAUCUUUAACAAGCUUCCAGUCACAUACUUCACGACCUCCGAGACACUGCAAGCCCGUCAAAUGUAUCGUCGUGUGCAUGCUGCACGUGUCUGAGGCCUCUUGGUUUUGGUUGUUUCUGUUUGUCACUCUUGUGGGACUGGCAUUGCAAGGUUCACAAACGUCGGGAAUGGGUUGAAAGGUGACAUAGACCAAUUCCCACAAUUCAGUGGACUAUGUCACCUAUAGAAUGAAGAACAUAAAACCAUUUUUAAUGCGUUAGCAUUAGAACACCCGUUUUGACGAAAACGCGGCGGUGUCUUGUUUGCGAGUGCUGGGGAGAGAGGGAGAAGGAGGGGGCAAGAGUGACACGUGCGACGCUCUCAUUGGUUUCGAGCGCUGACGUCAGCCCGUGUCAACCACUCCCUCUCUCACCGGUGCUGACAAUCUGACAGACACCGCUGGGUUUUCAUCAAAACGAGCCCUUUCGUUUUUUGCAAAGUAAUGCACACAGCUGACACGGAGCCAGAGAGGAAGAGACACCACGCAACAACUCCUGGAUAGCAAAGCCGUAGUGCUGAAUGAAAUGGCGUAAUCAGAAAAGGCCAACGCUGGGCAUAGAUUGGAAACGAGUGCUGGGUCAGCGCUCGGCUUUGAGUGAAGUUUGAGCCGAAUGUUGACGCAAUCGUCGUGUCUAAUUCUGAUGAGCCCAUCUCAUUCAGCACUGCGGCUUUGUUAUCUAGGAGGUGUUGCGCCACGGCACAGUGGAAUGCAAGCGUGCUCAGUUGCCACUCUGGAUUCUCGUAGUGGCGGUGCGUGGGCUGUGAUGGGUGUGUGCACAUUAAAACGAUGGAUGCAGUUCCCUCCACGAGUGAUAUGGAUGUGGUUCUUUCCACGAGUGAUAUGGAUUACCAUAUCCAAGAGCACCGACGUACUCCGACAGGCAGAGCACAGAAAGACAGUGAAAAAAAUUACAGCAAGGUCCAUUGGUGUAUUCUUGGGAAAUACGUUAUCAUGACCCUUGGGAAAUGCCAUAUACGCCCCCCUUCAGGAAACACUGACACUGACCCCAUGCCAAAAAGAGGCAGCAAAGGAAGCGCUCGAGGUGCACCUAAGCACUUCUCAAGAGUUGUGAAUGCGAUAGCAUGCAAGCCGCUCGUCUGCUCUCUUUGUCGUCUGUUGCGUGCUCUAGUUUUUCUUUUUAAAAAUGCUCAAUGGAUUUUUUGUUUGUUCCUAUAAACUGUCUCAAUGCAAAUGCCACACGCCAUAAUGCUGGCGAUUGGCUUUCGGGUUCGAAAAGUUAGUGAAGACCAUUGUGGAAGAGGCGAAGCCAGCUAGCUUCGAGUCUACCAACUGGCGCAGUCAUAGAACAGUGAGCUCACAGCCCUGGGUUCGAUUCCCCUUAGGGCGAUCUUAGAAUUCCAUCUUUUCUUCUCAAUUUACCUCUCUUUUGUUUAGAUUGGCGCAGUCAUAGAACAGUGAGCUCACAGUCCUGGGUUCGAUUCCCCUUGGGGCGAUCUUAGAAUUCCAUCUUUUCUUCUCAAUUUACCUCUCUUUUGUUUAGAUUUUCCUCUAAAGCAUGUGUUACACAUUUCGUAACGGUUUUCGUGGCGUUCCAUCACACUCAGUCUGCGUUAAAAUGAAACAAAUCGAAGGUUGGGGUCAACUCGUCUUUCGAGCAAGGUGCACAGUGACGUUGCUUCAGUUCCAUCUUCAAGGCCCCCCUUCCGCGAUUGUCGACUUUGCAAAGUUCGAUUUAGCUACAACAGAGUACCCCAUCCGCUUAGCAUCGUCGGAGGUCACGGCAAGUGAUUGAGACAAAAGACGGUUCGUCACGAGAAAGAUGGGUAUGUUGGCGACAAAGAGGAACUGGUUUUGUCAACUCCAAAUAGAUGGCGCCAUGAAAACUUGUGUACUAUCUUGGGCAUUGUUGAUAGAAAGUAUUUUCCACUCGGGGCAAUAAGGUACUACUAACUUGUUACAGAAAGAAUAAACAAAAAGGAGUGAUGCCCUUGUCUGUCCUUUUUGUUUAUUCUUUCUGUAACAAGUUAUUGAAAACCAGUGCACUCAUGUUCAACUUUGUACUAUACUAGUAGGUUGUUCUUUUAGAUGUUACAAUAAAAACCUAAUGCAGCAGGUAGCUUUGCAC